AUGACUCUAACUGAAUCUAAAGACUUCUCUCAUUUGUUUUCUGAAGAAACAAAAGCUCGUAAACCUUCUCCAUUGAAGACUUGUAUUCAUUUGUUUAAUGAUCCAAAUAUUGUAUUUUUAGGUGGUGGUUUACCAUUAAGUGAUUAUUUCCCAUGGGAUAACAUUCAUUCUCAAUCCCCAUUGCCACCAUUUAAGAACGGUAUUGGUUCAAAAAUUACUGGCUUAAAAGAUGAUACUUUAGAGUAUGUGGUUAGUAGAGAUGAAAAAGUUGAAAAAGCGGAUAUUCCAUUCAAAAAAUCUCUACAAUAUGGUGCCACUCAAGGUCAACCUGAGAUACUGGAAUUCUUAAGAGAACAUAAUAAAUUGGUUCAUGAAUUCAACUAUUCCGACUGGGAUUCUAUAUUAACAACAGGUAAUACUAAUGGUUGGGAAUCAACUUUAAGAAUCUUCUGUAACAAAGGUGACGUUAUUUUGGCGGAAGCUCAUUCAUUCUCAUCUUCUUUAGCUUCUGCUGAAGCUCAAGGUGUAAUAACAUUCCCUGUCCCAAUCGACUCAGAUGGUAUUAUUCCAGAAAAGUUGGAGUCUAUUUUAGAUAAUUGGACUCCAGGUUCUCCAAAACCUAAAUUAUUAUAUACUAUUCCAACUGGUCAAAAUCCAACUGGUUCUUCAUUAUCUGACGAAAGAAAAGAAGCCAUUUACAAGAUUGCCUGUAAACAUGAUUUUAUCAUUAUUGAAGACGAACCUUACUAUUUCUUACAAACAGGCCCUUACUUGAAAGAUUUAGAACAAAGAAAGAAAUAUGAAGAUCAACAAGAACAACAAAAUCAUGAACAAUUCUUGAAGUCAUUGGCUAAAACUUUCUUAUCAUUAGAUACAGAAGGUCGUGUUAUUAGAAUGGAUUCUUUCUCUAAAGUGUUAGCUCCUGGUGCUAGAUUAGGUUGGUUAACUGGUUCCAAGAAAAUUUUACAAUAUUAUGUUAGUUUACAUGAAAUGACGGUCCAAGGUGCUUCAGGUUUCUCACAAUCUAUAAUCAAUGGUCUAUUACAAAGAUGGGGUCAAGAUGGAUACAUAGAUUGGUUAAAGGGUUUACGUUCUGAAUAUGUAAUCAAACGUAACAAUGCCAUUGACUAUUUACAUGAGUUUUUACCAGCUUCAGGUCCUUUUACGAUUAACCCACCAAUCGCAGGUAUGUUUUUCACUGUUACUAUAGAUGCUACUGCUCACCCAGAUUUCAAAACUAAAUUCAACAGCAAUCCUAAAGCUGUUGAGCAACACAUUUAUGAAACAAUUGUUAAAAAUGGUGUAUUACUAGUUCCAGGAUGUUGGUUCAUCACAGAAGGUGAAACUACUCCUCCUCAACCAGCCGAUUCUAAACAAAUUCAAAAUCCAAAUGAGAUUUUCUUCAGAGGUACAUACGCUGCUGUUGCAGCUGAAAAAUUAAGAGAGGGUCUAAAAAGAUUUUCAGAAUGUUUAAAAGAAGAAUUUGGAUUUUGA